UUUAGGGAGCUGUCACCAUCUCCAGACUUCCGGUUCCGGUUUUCAAGCUGAACGGGCCUCCGUCGCUAUGGAGGAACCGGAGAUGCAGCUCAAGGGGAAGAAAGUCACAGACAAGUUCACCGAGAGCGUCUACGUCCUGGCCAAUGAGCCGUCUGUGGCCCUCUACCGGCUCCAGGAGCAUGUGCGCCGCUCUCUGCCAGAACUGGCCCAGCACAAGGCCGACAUGCAACGGUGGGAGGAGCAGAGCCAGGGAGCCAUCUACACAGUGGAGUACGCCUGUAGUGCCGUGAAGAACCUUGUCGACAGCAGCGUCUACUUCCGCAGUGUGGAGGGCCUCCUCAAACAGGCCAUCAGCAUCCGGGACCACAUGAAUGCCACCCAGGGCCACAGGUAGCUCCCAGGACCACCCACCCCUGCUGUCUCCGCCUCCUUGCCGGAAGGACCUUCGCCACUCAGCCAGGAACUGCCGCUCUCGCUCCUUGGACAGCUUCCUCUCUCCUCAUCUCUCAAUGCCUGCUGCCUUCCUCUUGUCCUUUGGUGUCUGUGGCAGGAGAGUGCAGUCACUCAGUACCCAGAUCCUGAGCUCUGCUGUGUGCCUGGUCCUGGGCUGGUCCUGGGGACAGAGAGGUGACCAGGACAGGUCUGCUAUGGUUUCACAGGGAGACACAGCAACCAGGUACACACGGAACGGACCAGAGACUUCAGAAGUGUCCAAAGGAAAAAAGGGAAUAUGGGGCGUCUGAUGAGUCGGAGGAAGUGGGAGCGGAGGCCUGAAAGAUUUGCUGGCAGAAAUGACUGGGCAUGGUGUUGCAGGCAGGGCAGUGGUAGGACAAGGCCCUGGGGCUGGGCACUAGGUGUGUUGGAGGAACAUCUAGAGGACGGUGUGGCUGGAGCAGGUGAACGAGGGGAGAUGGGGUCAGGGAGGUAGGCAGCCAGCAGGGAGGCUGCCCAGAGCUGGGGGAAGCUUUGAGCUGAAGACAAAUGGCAUAAACAUGAAAAGCACUACAGUCCUUGCACACUGAGGAGAGUUUUUGGGGAAGGAGUUCUUUUUGUUUUUCAUAACUUAAUAAAUAUGCGUUUGAACACACACAUACACACACGCUGUAAGCCAUAACUCUACUUUGAGAUGUGUCUGGCUCCCGUAGUUUGGGGUUCUGGCCUGCCUGUCCCACAUGAGAUAUUUAGAAAAAAGAAAACCUCUGUGUUGCUGUGUCGGAUAACUAAAACGUGAGAAUCAUUCAAA